AUUUUUGUGUUCCUCUACAUCCCAUGUCUAUCGAAACCAAGAGAGCUUACGGCGCUGAAGAGACGGACGCUAAGAGAAGAAAGCAGGGUGCAAGGGCCAAGAACCCGGUUGAUGACAAUGGUAUUUCCGAGUGCUUCCAGAAGGUCACCACCUCUUUAUAUGUAUCGCUUGCGCCGUGCCACGCGGCAAACCCGAUCCAGGGAAUCAAGACGCUGCAUUUAGAGCCAUUGGUGAUGACCUACUUCCAACCAGCUCACGGUGUGGUGUUAUCAUACGGUAACCUCAAGUUGUCCAACGACAAUAUUCUCGAGGAAGACGGGAAAAAGCAGCUCCUCACAAAGAUCUCAUACGACGGACCAUUCUCCUUUUUGUGGAUUUCCGUCGACUUUUUGGUCUGGACCCCGCAGGUCGGCGACACCCUUGAAGGCUACAGCUACAUGCAAUCGGCGUCGCACAUUGGGUUGUUGAUCCACGAUACCUUCAACGCCUCCAUCAAGAAGAGCAGCAUUCCGUCCGGAUGGGAGUUCGUCCACAACCAAGUUGACGAAUACGCUACAGAGGUGGAAGAGAACAAGUUCCGCUCGUUAGGAUACUGGGUCGACGAAAACGGUAUUAAGAUCGAAGGCAGGAUGAAGCUUACCGUCAAGGCUGUUCAUUCCACUGGCAGAGUCAUCUCCGUCGAGGGGACUUUAUUACAGCCAAACUCCGAGAGAGACGCCUUGCCGAUCGUUCCGAACAAAUCCAAGAAGUUUGAAGAUGAGACUCCGAUCACUGUGGUGGCGGAAGAGGCCAAGGAGGAAGAGGACGAGAGCGUGCCAACCUACACAAAGGAGUCCAGUGACAGCGAAGACGAAGACGGAAAGGUUGUUGCUGCAGACUCGUCCGAUGAUGAUUCCGAUUAGUCAUGAAUUUUCCCUGUUAUAUUAGUUAGGCAGCAGCCUUUGUUCGCAUGUUUAUAUUACGUUAUUGAAAAUGGAUUGUAGGGUGAGAUGCGGGUGGUAUAGGAGAAAAGAAAGCACAGGAUGGUAAAAGUGGGGUUUUUUUUUCUCUGGCGAGACAGCUCGGUUUACCCAGCUGUUGAAAAGAUUACAAGUCUGAGACGGUGUUUGUUAUAUGAGAGACCUUGAGGCGAUCUGGUAUUGGAUCGGAGAAUAAUAAGCUUGAGGAAUUAUAUGCCAAUUCUAAGCCUA